AUGGGUAGAGAUGCAAAUAGCGAUUUAGAACAAAAUGAUUUUUCUUCGAUCCUAAAUCCAGAUGAAAUUCCUACACAAAACGAAGAAGUCAUUGUGGAUUAUGAUCUUCUAACUGGACUCUUAUCUCCAAAAAGAACAAACACACCAACGUCUCACGAUACAGAAGUAACAGCAUCACAAUCAUUUGAAAUAAGAAAGGAAGAUGCAGAUUUACAAGAAUUAUCACCCCCAUCAUGCACUGUAAAUAAGCAAGAUGAACCAGAUAACACAGCAGCAAAACAAAACUAUUAUGAACAAUUAAGACAAAAAGUCAAACGAAUUUCAUCCAAUGCUGCGUUGGAUUUGUGUGAUAUUACAUCGACACAGACGACGUCAGAGUCUGCUUUAGUGCAACAACCAAGAAUAGUACGAAUUAUUGAACGGCCCCAAAAUCGUCCACCGUUCUUACCAAUUUUAUCAAAGAGGAUAACAACGACCACAAAUACACAACUAUCGUCUAGUAUAUGUUCAGCGUCUAACGACUUAUCAGCACCCUUGUCAUCUACAGCAACAUCAUAUGAUGAAACAUUUACUCGCUUAACGACAGAAUUACGCGAAAUAAUCAAAAAAUUGAAAUGUAAAAAGUUGGAAAAUAUUGAACCAAGUACAUUACAACAUGCAAAACAUUUACAAGAAAUAACAUUCCUCACACGACGAAGUUUAAUGAAAAAGUUACAUUUAGCAUCAUCAAUUGCUGACAAAUGUGUUUUAUAUAGUAAAUUGUUGAAUGACCAAGUAGUCACAUAUGAAUAUGAAUUAAUAACAACACAUACAAGAGAAAAAAUGAUGAAAGCAGUUCGAACAACAUUAAAUAAUUUGGUAUCUAAAUAUAAUCCAAGAACUUCAUCCUCACAAACAGAUUUAGAUAUUGAAGCUUUGAAUAAUCUUUGUCGUGAAUGUCAAUCUGAAUAUUUAGUUUUCAAAAUUGUUAAAAAGUGUCAACCACUCGAUCAAGGUGUAAUCCACUCAUUUAAAUGUUUUUAUCGACAAAAAUUAGUGAAACAUAUAAUUGCUAAAUGUACUCUGGCUCAAACUGCUGCUCAAAUAUCAAUUACUGUCUUAGAUGCAAUUAAAUGGAUAGAAAUCUCAUGGAAAAAUGUUACAGAAAAGACAAUUAAAAAUGGUUUUCGUGCUGCUGAUUUCACACAUUCUUCUUCUACAUCUUCGUCGUCUGCGGUAGACAUGGAUAUUGAUGUCGAAGCUGAUAUAGAAUUAAACAAUUCUGAUAAUCUUCUACAACAACUUGAUUCAUCAUUGACUCAUCUUCAAAUUGCUGGUCCACAGUUAACAGCUGCCGAAUUUGUUAACAUUGAUUCCUGUAUUCCAACGUUUAAUGAAUGGGACGACUAUGAACAUCUGAAAACUUACAUCCAAGUUACACAAGAUGAUAACGAAGACGAGGAAGAAGAAGAAGGUUUAGUAGAACAACCACCAAAUUUAUCCGAAGCACUCGAAAUGAUAAGAAAACUUCAUCUUUUUGCUUCUAUCGAACAACCUCAAUUACACAAUCUUAUAUCUGAUUUAGAAUCACAAUUAACUGAUAUUUAUCUUGAUUCAAAAGCGGUUAAACAAAGUUCUAUUACAGACUAUUUUUCUUAUUGCUGA